CCAGAAACUCCUAAGUACCAAGUACCAACAGUCCAAGACGCUGCCUCUCUUGGCAACUCAUCUUCUCUCUCUCUCGGAAGUCCGAACUGACGCUCACUGCACUUUUGAGGUUCUGUCUCUGUGAAUAAUCAUUUGAAUUUCAAACUCCAGAUUUGGAAUUUAGUGUAACAGACAAGCUGCUCAGCCCUGGCCACAAGUGAGACUCACCUGCUCUAGGCAACAAAGUAAGGGCAACUCAGGCAACACACUUUGACUUUGUUAUGAUAUCAGUGAAGUGCAUGCUGGAGGACUUCCAUUAGGUAAAAGAACUUGUCAGAAAAGUUGGUUAUAGAGUGAGAACAGGUAGGAGAAAGAUAGCAGUAUAAAUGAGGAAGGGGAGGGGAAUUAGAGGCAUCCAGGUUAAUUAUAUUCUAAAUUUCUAAUUAUAAGUUCUCUUGGGAGUGAGUUUGCCUCUCAAAUGCCCUAUACUUUGUUACAGGAAAAAUACGAAAUAUAGGAAUACAACAUAACAUACCUUGUAUAUUUGAUCUUCUUGUAUUCUUGUUCAUUCUUUUCUUGCUGCAAAUUACCCUCUAUUACAGAUAGAUAGUUUUCUUCUAGUCUCCUUGCCUAAACUUGUAUAAAAAAUGACGUAAUGAUUAAUGACCAUUAGUGUGUGCAUCAGAUUAAAAUGAAGAGAUAACUUAUAUUGGUAACUUUAUUUGGAGAAAAUCAGAGAUGAUAAAAAGAAAGACAAAAGUUGCUCUAAUGCUUGAGUCUUGACAAAGCUUUAAGCUCUUGCUGACCAUCAUGUUCUUGUAUUGAGAAGACUUUCUCCAUUUGCAGUUAGACGACGCGAUGUCUGUUUAAGGUUGCAACUUAUAAAUUGUACUACUACUACAAAAAAAAUUGUUGUGUGGAUAUUCCUGAUCCUUAAUAUUCUGAAGAGAGACUUCAUGGCCCCAAGAUGGAAAGGGAAGGAUUCAGAAGCUAAAGCCCUUGCAGAACCCAUGUCGGAAAUAGUUUUAGCACUUCGGUCAUCUCUAACCACAUCCAAAUGCAAAGGAUUAAUAUCUGGAUGCAGGGUUUUGAUUGAAGCAGACACAGAACAAUCUGAGCUUCUGAACCGUGCAUGUUUUGGUCGAUUAAUUGUAACCAGCCAGAAGGAUAGACAAUGGUAUGAGCUUACUUUACAUGAAGCUUUGUACUUGUGCUAUACCUUGAAUUGUUUGAAGAUCAUUGGAGAUGACGGUGUUGUGAAAAGUAACAAAGAGUUGUGGCACUUCAUGAUUUCAGAAGUUGAUAUGUUUCCCAAGUUUUUUCAGGCGUACUCUCAUCUAAGAAAGAAUAAUUGGGUAGUGAGGUCAGGAUCCCAGUAUGGUGUUGAUUAUGUUGUGUAUCGCCACCAUCCAGCCUUGGUCCAUUCAGAAUAUGCAGUUAUUGUCCUUUCAGAAAGAGACGGUAUUUCGAAUGAACGGUUGAAGUUAUGGUCUGAUUUGUAUGGCACAAUUCGGCUUUGUGGUGGCGUUGCCAAGACAUUGAUAGUUUUACAUGUCCUGGGCAUUAGUAACGAGACUGAUUCUCCAAUAUGCUUGGAGAAUUGUAACGUAGAAGCACAUACCAUCUCUAGAUGGAUUCCUGAGCAAACUCGUGAAAAGAGAUCAGACGCUAACUUUCAUCGUGUAAUUAAGCCUCAUAUUUGAACUUGCCUUGUUUUUGAAGGUGAUUAAGCUGUUUUAGAUUAUUGCCAAUUUGCCAUGAUUUUGAAUCUCAGUUGUUUGGUUACAUGGCACCAAUUCAUAAUGUGAUAGUGACUCACCUCGUUAAUAUUUUCUUAAUACUUAUACAUUUCUCUUUGACCGAAUUGGCAACAAAAAGAAAAGAGAAAAAUGGAAGACAUUAUAUGCAGUUGAAAGAUUACAAGAACUCAGAUGACUUUCCAAGAUGAGUAAUGUAUUUGAGUAGUCUUGGUAUGAUAGGCUUCCGCAAUGCAAGCUCUUGGUGCAAAGAAAUAUUGUUGUGUCGAGCUCUUGUCCUAGAUGUCUGAUACAAGAAGAAGACUCGGCCCAAAUCAUUCGUAAUUGUCAAUAUGAUGUGAGUGUUUGGGAGCUAGCAAAUCUUCCUGCGUCGACCCACCUGGACUUUACCCCUUGGAUUCGAGCCAAUUUACAGUCGACCAUGGAAUUUAGGGGGUUUAUGUGGGGGGAUAUCUUUUCUUAUUCGUGUCACUAGCUUUAUGACCCGUGCAUAAUGCAUAGGAGUAUUUUUGACUAUAUUACAGAAUAUAUUUUAAA